CUUCCUCGCCGUCCGAGAACCAGCAAGCACGAUGUCUGACGCCCCGGCUGCACACCACCACGAGCAUCACGAACAUGGCCACGGCAACUUUGCUGAGUCCAACAAAAAGUACUUCGACGAGCACGCGGCCAAGUACGACGACGUCCCCGGCGCGGUCGAGCUUGCGUCCCGCAUAUCCGAGAAGAUCCUGAAGAAGUACCCGUUCGAUGAGGAGAGAACGACGGUGUUGGACUACGCUUGCGGGACAGGCUUGAUCUCGAGAAAUCUGGCGCCGCACACAAAGUCCAUCGUCGGCGUGGAUAUCAGCCAGGGCAUGGUGGACCAGUACAACCUCCGCGUCUCGAACCAGGGCAUCCCGCCCGAAGAGAUGAAAGCCGUCCGCGCCGAGCUCAAGGGGGACGACAACGAGCUCGGCGGCGCCAAAUUCGACGUCGUAGUGUGCUCGAUGGCGUACCACCACUUCGACUCGAUCGACGACACCACACGCGUGCUCGCGCACUUCGUGCGGCCCGGCGGGCGCCUGAUGGUCGCGGACCUCUACCGCGGCGACGACGCGCUCAUCCCGGAGCAGUACAAACACGUCGCGCACCACCACGGGAUCGACACCGGCGAGCUGAAGGAUGUGUUCGCGAAGCACGGGAUUGUGGGUUUUGAGCACGAGCACGCGGCGACGUUCACGAUGCACGGGAAGGAGAUGAGCGCGUUCCUCGCGGUGGGGACGAAGCAAGCGGCGUAGGUGGGAGACGGGGAAUCGAGGUGUUGUUGGUUGAUCAUUAUUAUUACUUUUCUUCGGUUACGGACUACCAUGUCAUGCCAACAUGACAAUUCAACUGCAUGAAUUGACCAUACUCCAGGGGUGGAUGUCCUCGUAAACGUAAGACCUAGCAUCGGACAGCCCACCCGCACAGACAUAUCCCGAGUGACGAGAGCCGGUGAUCCAGCAGCGAAGCAAAAGUCUUACCCACAUACAACGCAUAUGUACACUCACCGUCGGAUGAAGCAUACGGCACCACUACAACCCCACAGCCUGACAAACCUUCCAACAUCCCUACCCCCAACGCGCCCCAGAUUACACUGACCCAUCGUCUGGGCUUCCUCAGAAAGGCAGAGGUAUUCCUGUAAGUUUGUCUGGCGUGCUGCGACCCUGCAAAAGAAAACGCG